AUGGCUCCACCCCACCCCCACCUGUUCUCCUUUGUGGAAUGUGAGCAGUGUGAGAAAGAGAAAGAAGUGCCUGGACUGGAUCAUGAAUGUAAGACUGAAAUACUCAUGUCAUCAGAGGAAAUGAAAAAGGAAGAUAUAGCUUCAGAUCUUCAUGAUGACACAGCUUUUUUUCCAAGAGGAAACAUUCAAAGGAAUCAAGCUAUUAAAUCAGAACACAAGAAGGAAAAGCACUCAUGUAGCCAGGAGCCGUCAUACCAGAAAUUACCACAGGAGUUGGAAACCAGGAACGAGCUGCUCACUGGCCAUCAGAUUACUCAUUCUGGUGACAAACUACAUCAAUGUUCUCAGUGUGGAAAAGCCUUUAUUAAUAAGUACACUCUUAAGGGACAUCAUAGGAUCCAUACUGGAGAAAAGCCACACCCGUGUUCGCAGUGUGGAAAGGCCUUUACACACAAGGGUGAUCUCAAGAGACAUCAGAGGAUCCAUUCUGGAGAAAAGCCACAUCAGUGUUUGCAGUGUGGAAAGGCCUUUACACAGAUGUGUCAUCUCAAGGUACAUCAGAGGAUCCACUCUGGAGAAAAGCCACAUCAGUGUUUACAGUGUGGAAAGGCCUUUACACAUAAGAGUGAUCUCAAGCUACAUCAGAGGUACCAUUCUGGAAAAAAGCCACAUCAGUGUUUGCAGUGUGGAAAGGCCUUUACACAAAAGGGUGAUCUCAAGAAUCAUCUGAGGAUCCAUACUGGAGAAAAGCCACAUCAGUGUUCGCAGUGUGGAAAGGCCUUUACAAGGAUGUGUCAUCUCAAGGUACAUCAGAGGAUCCACUCUGGAGAAAAGCCACAUCAUUGUUUACAGUGUGGAAAGGCCUUUACACAAAAGAGUGAUCUCAAGCUACACCAGAGGAUCCAUACUGGAAAAAAGCCACAUCAGUGUUUACAGUGUGGAAAGGCCUUUACACAGAAGAGUGAUCUCAAGCUACACCAGAGGAUCCAUACUGGAGAAAAGCCACAUCAGUGUUCGCAGUGUGGAAAGGCCUUUACACAGAUUAGUAAUCUCAAGACACAUCAGAUUACACACACUGGAGAAAAGCCACAUCAGUGUUCACAGUGUGGAAAGGCCUUUACACAAAAGAGUGAUCUCAAGAAUCAUCAGAGGAUCCAUACUGGAGAGAAGCCACAUCAGUGUACCACAUGCGCAAGGAGAUUCACAACAGCUCAAAACCUCUCUAGACAUCAGAUUACACACACUAGAGAAAAGCUAUAUCCAUGUUCACAAUGUGGAAAGGCCUUUGCUUAUAACUCUUCUCUCAAGAAACACCAAAUGAUCCAUACAUGA